AUGAUACCUUCAUUAGAUUUUGAUGUUUUAAGCAUCAUAAUCUCACAAAUUCAAUUAGAAGAUCCAUAUGAUUAUAAAUCAUUAUAUAAUUGCAUUUUAGUUAAUAAAAAAUGGUGCGAAGCAGGGAUACCUAUUAUUUGGCAAAAUCCAUUUACAUUUAAUGAAAUUUGUUUAAAAUAUCCAAUAAGUUCAGGAAAAAUUAUAGAAAUAUUAUUAUCAUGCUUUAAUAAAGCACAAAUUACUGAAUUAUAUAAUAAUAUACAAACCGAAUUUCCAAUUUUUUUUGAAUCAGAAACUUCAUCAAAUUUAUUUAAAUUUUUACAAAAUUUUAAUAAACCAACUUUCAAUUAUCCUUUAUAUAUAAAAUCUUUAUCAUAUAGAGGAUUAUUUAUAUCUUCUAUAAUGUGGUUUAAAUUAUCACCUUAUAAUAUUCAUUUUGAAGAUCAACCUUCGAAUCAAAUUUUUCUAAAAUUAAUAAUAAGAUCAUUAUUAAAAUUAUUCAUUUCAAAUCAAUUAAAAUUUAAAAGAGUUGUAAUUGAAGGGAUGAAUGAUAAUCAAUUUAAAUUUAAAAGAGGUAUAAUUGAGGGAAUGAACGAUGAAGCUUAUUGGUGGGAGUAUUAUGUUUGUUCUAAAAUGUUAUUUGAACAAGAAUUUAAAUCAUUAUUUAAAAAUAUACGGAAAUUGGAUAUUGAAGGAAUUGAUGAAGAUCAAGUUGAAGAUAUGGUUAAUGGAUGGAAAGAUUUUUCAACAUUAAAAACCUUAAAAGUCCAGAUAAACAAACAUUUUUCGACAAUACUUUCCAAUACACCUUUUCUUAGAAAAAUUUAUAUAAAUAGAGGAGACAUUAAUUUCCUUCUCCCCUUGUUAGCAUCACCAAUUCCCUCAAGAACGUUAACAUCUAUAACAUUACAUAAUGUUAAAUUCGAUAAAUCUGAUCGAUGGGAACUUUUAUCUUCUUUACACAACCUUGAAAAAUUAAAGUUAAUUGUCUGUUGGAUCCAUCCAGAUGUAGAUUUUGAUGCUAGACAAGAUAUGAUUUUAAAGGUUACAAAUGAAUUAGGCUUGGAAAUCGAAACGUAUACGUUGUGGGCUAUGGGAUACGACGGUCAAAAC